GUAGGCGCAACGACACUAGCUUUAGGUUAACUUACUUGGGCGACGAACAAUCAUUAUACGAGUUUAAUUCUUCUGCAAUAACCAUCGAGAUGACCUGGGUUAAGGUAGUGCUUGUGGUUUGGGCUGUGGUUGCUACCACCAUGGUUCAGGGGAGACAUUCUAAGACCCAAGAAGAGUUGAUGGUACCUGAUGGCGACCAUAUGCAAGGUAGCGAGUCGCAACAAUUUUCUGCGGUGGUGGAGACUCCGCUGCAAACUGCAGCAACUGGAUUUUUUGGUGGCCACCACGGCCACCACGGCCAUCAUCACAAAGGCUUCCUAAAGAAGCACGGCCAUAAAGGCCAUAAAGGCCACCACGCCAAACACGGCCACAAGAAACAUCACAAAGGACAUUUCGGCAAAGGCCACAAAAAGGGCUUCUUCGACAACUUCGGCAAGAAAUAUGGCGGUCACCACCACAAGAAAGGUCACCACGGUCACUUCCACAAAGGCGUCAAGGGCCGCAAAGGCCACAAGAAAGGCGUCAAAGGCUUCCACAAGAAAGGACACAAGAACAAGGGUUUCCACAACGUGUACCACAAGGAGGAGUUCGGCCACAAGAAGAAGUUCUGGGACGACAAGGACCUCAAGAAACACUUCAAGAACUACGACCAUCUCCACAAACACUUCAAGAAGGGCAACGCUGGCCACCACAAGGGCAGCAAAUAUCAUGGCGGGAAGCACCACAAUAAGCACGGCAAGUCCGGUCACCACAAGAAGGGCCAUCACCAUCAUCACGACCAGGGCCACAAGAAACACUACGGCCACAAAGGCCACCACGGCCUCCACAAACAUUAUGGCCACAAAAAAGGCCAUCAUGGCCAUCACGGUUUUUAUUAAAGGACUUAUUUACCUAAACAUUGGCCGCGUUUGGCCAUUUUUGGAUGCCAAAACCAGAUGUAUCUCUACAUGUAAUUUUUUUGAAAACAGACAUUGUUUGAAUAUAUUCCAUUGGUGAUGCUAAAAUUCACAAUAUUUUUCGUAACCAACUCAUGCAAUAUCUUUGAGUGAAAUACCGUACGCGUUCCCUCAACAAAAUCAACUCUCGCCUCAACAAAAUUUACUGAUGCACGCCAUAUUUCUAACGGUAUCGAAAAUUGUUGCCUUUCAACGAAGCUUCUUUACCUAACGUUAUUUUAGGAGGCUCAAUAUAUCUCCAAGGAUCAAUAUAUAUAUCGGGUGUAAUCCAUUAAAUUUAUCAGUUUAGGGCUGUAGGCGUUCUCGGCAACGGCACGCGUAGGACGCAUGGCUUUUCGAUCAGGUUAAUGCGAGUCUGGAUGCACAGGUUCAUUCAUCUUGCGGUUCGCUUAGAAUAUUCGCGUGAUGUAUGCUUCCAUUUAUCUGACUGACGCAGGCUAACUUGAGAGGCACUUGUUACGGUAUUGUUUAAAAUUAUUUACAGUCUUUGGUGUGUUGUAGAAGAGGGUUUUGUUCAUCUCGUAUGUUAAAUAAGCAUGGCCAUUAUACAGAUUUUAAUUAUUAUAAAUGUUUUCAGCUAAUCAGGAAGUUUAUUUAAUCAUCUGUCAUUAGCGAAAAUAAUUUAAGGAUCGGUUCCAUUUCUCGACUGUAUUAUGUCACUGUUCAUUACAAUGUUUCAACUCGUGCUGUUUAAAUCUAAUGGAAAUUUUAUGUUUCGAAUUCUUCUAUUUUUUUAUUCAUGUUUUACUUUUUUUUGUUCAUGAAAGAAAAUGUCUACAGUCUUUAAACGCAUAGACUUGAAUAUUGUUUAUUUUACAAUGAUUGACCGUUGAAAAUAAUUUUUUAUAUGGAAAAUGUGUUGAUACGUAUAAGAUAUUUUAUUGACGAGACGAACUUUUUGUUGUUUUAAAUGCGAUCGAAUUUCGUCAGACGCUACACGAAAACGGAUUUUGUAGAAUAGCCGCAAAGAAAAAUUGCAAUUGUUUCGCAUUUCCUGUUGAAGUGUGGCGCAUGCUAUAACUUUUAUUGAUUUUCGAAAUAUAUAUUUAUUUUUUUGCAAAUA